AUGGCUACACAUAUCAUUACGGACCUGCCCGUCGAGCUCCUCGUGAUGAUCUUCUUCUUUCUCGAUGCUCGCGAUCUGAUCAACUGUAAACAAGUGUGCCAAAUGUUCCUACAGCUUAUACGCGACUCCACUGUGCUGCAAUAUUUCUAUGAACUGGAGCUUGCGGGCAUGGCCGAUGAGCCCUUGUGCCCGCUUCCCUACGCGGAGAGACUGCGAAAACUACGGUCUCUGCAGCACAUGCGCCGCACCGCAGAGCUUGUGCCAGGGACAUCCUUUCCACAAUGGACGGCGCUCGCGUGGACGACCGCGCCUGGUGGUCUUUUCGCCCAAGCAAAUAAGGAAGGCGGGAUUGACUUCAUCCAGCUUCCAUCCGCAGUUCUUGGCGUUUCAGAGCGUCGAUGGUCUAUCCACAGCGAGAGCCUGGAGAUGGAAAUGGAGACAAUGUGUAUGGAUCCAUCACAGGACGUUGUUGUCGUGACAGGGUGGGAUCGGGUGCCCGACGGACCACAUGAGAUCAACCUGUCAGACGCAGGCAGAUAUGAUGAGAAAGACGAUGUCGAAGAAAACCGCAGGGAAGGACGGCAAACUCGUCUAGAAGGCGACUAUGUAGCGCAUCUUGGCUCUUGGAACCAUGAACAUGCGGUUCUGGUGUGGGAUUGGAAGACGGGUGAUUUGCUUUGGGAAAGUAUCCAUCUACAAAAAGAUCCAAAAGAACCAGAACAUAAAUACAAUUCCUUUGACUUCAUCGACAGUCGGCAUCUACUUGCGACGGAGGAGAAAGGCAUUGAUAUCUUCGUGCUAGACCGACCAAGCACAUACACUGGGGUUCCAGCCUUCAUUCGAGGUGCUCUCUGCCUGUGGGAUUAUCCUAUGCGUGAAGGACAAGCAUUCACUUGGAACCAGCUCAUGUCAACGCACAAAGGCGGAUGCUCGCAGAGGAAUCCGGCUCAUCCGUUCUACUCGUCCCCACAGCGUGGUCUCGUUGCCGUCGUUUGUUUGGGAGCGCCGGAAAACGACGGUACGGACAUCUGGACGGAAGUGAUUUUGGUGCCUACGUCCAUGAUCCGGGAGUGGGCUCAGCGCACACAGACCGGCGUACAAGACGAUGACACCUUUCGUGUCGGAAGUAUUGGGCUCGUUGAUUGGGCACAAUGGGCACCAUACUACCCGAGAAUGUUCCGCAACGGCAGGCCGUUCUCCGCAGAGGUACAGGGCAUGCAUGCGACAUUCGCCAAUGUCGAAGGGGAAGAACUUGUGCUGGAUCAUAUCGACUACACCGCCGUCGGGGGUAAAGAAGUGGGAUAUGAUUUCGACAGCAACCCUGACCGUGGGGAUGAGUGGGAUGCAGGGAAUGAGCUGUGUGUCAUCCCUGAGGACAGUGAAGGCGUCCAUUCAGCAUACGCCGAGGCUCAGCCGAUAGUCGAGCACAUCCCACAAUAUCUAGUCAUCCUUCCAGAUUAUGCAAUCUUGCAGGAGUAUCAGGAUGAUGAUGGGGACCAUCAGUGGCAGAUUUUUCAUAUCGCCGCCUCUGAUUCUGAUGAUUCGUGA